CGCCAGCUUCCCCGCCGUAGACCCCGCCUCUCCAUCCCCGCUGUCUCGCCCUCUCUUCCCCUCUCCCCAAGGGCGAAGCAUCCUUGCUCCACACCACCUCGCCCCUUUUCUCGCCCCCCAUGUCUGCCCUGAACAUUCUGCUGGUGGUCGGCGUGGCCACCGUCGGCGCCUUCCUCUCGGAGAGCCUGUCCUCUGCCUUCAUCAACCGGCGCGCCUCGUACAAGGAGGCCACCGCCCUGCUGACCGCGGCGCGUGCGGAUGUGGCCCGCGAGACGGCACACAUCGCCCAGCAGGAGGCCGCCGGGGCCGCUGCCACCACGCUGCGCCGGUCGCGCGAGCGCCUCGAGCGUGCGGAGAAGUCCCGCUCCGAUGCCCAGGCCAAGCAGGCCAAGGCCCGCCUGCCGGGCUUCCUCAUUUCGAUUGUCACCCUCUUCCUCACCUAUCGCGUGCUGUCCUUCAUGUUCAAUGACACGGUUGUCGCCGAGCUGCCCUUCGCCGCGCCCGGUCCCAUGCGUGCCCUCGGCCAUCGGAUGCUCUCGGACGCGGUGAAGGAGAGCCUCGGCGAGAAGGUCGACUAUGCGGCCGGUGCCCAGCUCAUUUACGCCAUGUCGGCCAUGGUGAUCCGGCCGCUGGCCCAGCGCGCCCUUGGCACCCUCACCCCCCGGUCCAUGAGUGCCGAGAACACCCUGGCCGGUCUGCUGUCCGGCGGCGCGCCGACCACCUACAAGUAAAGGGGGCACCGCCCAUCCGAGAGGCCCCCCUCCCCUUUCUGUGCUUCUCCUUGUCCGGUCUUUUUCAGCCUCUUGCCUGGCGUGCCCUUUGAGGCUUUAUUCGGGCGAUGGACCCCGAGGGAGGGACGACGGGAUGACGGCCGGCUGCCGAGGGCACCUCUGUGGCGCUGUUCACACGCGUGUGCGAUGAUUCACACGCACACGGAAAUACAAUGCCCGCCCUUGAUCAGACCCUCUGGACAUGCGGCGUCUGCUUCGUGC